GAUAGAAGAAUUCUGCAUAAUUGCAUGUUAAUUAGACUUUCCAAGUCUGAGGGGAGAGAGCUGCAAAGGGCAAGACUGAAGGCCCAACAAACUGCAGUGGAUGGAGAGCAUGCACCUGCCAUGCCUACCUGUGCCUUCUUCAGUGCUCUAGGAACAGACAGCAUUCAUUCAAGCCAUAACUCUCUGGCAGCUGAGGCACCACUGGAGUCAACAGAGUCAUCCAUGUUUCCAUUUGCUGCUGCAUCUCUGGUGGAGUUCACAGAACCUGGUGAGCAGCAGGAUGAGCAUGACACACCUGAUGACACGCAGCUGCAGCAAACAGUGCGUGAGCGGCUACAACUGCUGCGCGAGCAGGCGGUGCGCGAGCAGGCUGCCGACGCAGACACUGAUGACCAGGACCUGUGGGUGCUACGCUAUGGCCACCCGGACCCAUCUGUGCCGGCCAGCCAGGUGGUGUGCGGCGGCUGCGGCGCGCACCUGCACUGCCAGGAGCCGUCGUGGCCCGGCUAUUUGCCGUCGGAGGUGCUGCGUGCAGCACCAGAGGCCGAACUGCGCGACCUCAUCUGCCAGCGCUGCUACUUCCUGCGCUUCCACAACGCCGCUAUCAACGUCAGCGUGCGGCCGGACGACUACUCGCUGAUGAUGCGCCAGAUGGAGAACAAGUCGGCGCUGCUCGUGCUCGUGGUGGAUCUGCUCGACUUCCCCUGCAGCGUCUGGCCCGGCCUGGCGCAGCUCGUCGGCCGGUCACGGCCGGUGGUGGUCGUGGGCAACAAGGUGGACCUGUUGCCGCAAGACAGCGAGGGAUACCUGGAGCGCGUGAAGGCGGCGCUGAACCUGGCCCUGGAGCGGUGCGGUGAUCGAUCGGUGCUGAACGUGAAGCCACACCUGUCUUGA